AUGUCCGUCAUUAUCAACUACCUCAUAUUUGCCUUUAGCAAACUACUCUACCGCAUACGUGGUCACGACUCUCGGCAGAUUAUCAAUCAUAUAUCCUUCAGAGAACACCCUCAGGCGAACAUGAUACUCGAGGUUCCGGAAUGUGGCCACUCCGGCUCUCCUCUCCUCCCAGACCAUACCUGUAUUGGCGAAAACAAACCUGGCAAACUUCCUGAGCUGCGCUGGAGAACUCCUUCCGACCUUGACGUCAAGGAGUAUGUCCUCAUAUGUGAAGAUCUCGACGCUCCCAUCCCCUUUAGUGUCAUCACGCACGGCCUCUUUUUCGGAAUCCCUCCAACUGCGAGGGAAGCUUACCACGACGAUAUCGAACAAGAUAUGAACUGCACUGGACGUCUUACUCUUGCGGGCUGGGGAUUUGUUCCGAAUGUGGUGCGGUCUACAUAUACUGGGCCUGCUGCCCCCUUGGGCCACGGAGUUCAUCGCUACGUCUACACCAUCAUUGCCCUCGAUGAACCUCUACACUUCGAUCGCCCGGAUAAAGUCACAAAGAGCCAGGUGAAAAGAGCCAUGAUUGGAAAAGUCAUUGGUUGGGGUCAAUGGGUCGGACACUUUGAGCGCCCAUGGCCACGCUAA